AUGGUCAGCUCCUGUUGUGGCUCUGUCUGCUCUGAGGAGGGCUGUGGCCAAGGCUGCUGCCAGCCCAGCUGCUGCCAGACCACCUGCUGCAGGCCCACCUGCUGUACCACCUGCUGUAGGCCCACCUGCUGUGUGUCCAGCUGCUGCAGACCCAGCUGCUGUCAGUCUGUGUGCUGCCAGCCUACCUGUUGCCGCCCCAGCUGCUGCAUUUCUAGCUGCUGCAGGCCUUCCUCCUGCUGCCGCCCCAGCUGCUGUGUGUCCAGCUGCUGUAGGCCCUCUUGCUGCAUCUCCAGUUGCUGCCGCCCAUGCUGUAGCAGUUCCAGCUGUUGUGGACCCAGCUGUUGCCGUCCCAGCUGCUGCAUUUCCAGCUGCUGCAGGCCUUCCUGCUGCCGCCCCAGCUGCUGUGUGUCCAGCUGCUGCAGACCCUCUUGCUGCACCUCCAGCUGCUGCCGCCCAUGCUGUAGCAGUUCCAGCUGUUGUGGAUCCAGCUGUUGCCGCCCCAGCUGCUGCAUUUCCAGCUACUGCAGGCCUUCCUGCUGCCGCCCCAGCUGCUGUGUGUCCAGCUGCUGCAGACCUCAGUGCUGCAUUUCCAGUUGCUGUCGCCCCACCUGCUGCCAGACCACCUGCUGCCGCCCAGCCUGUUCUAGUGGUUCUUGCUGCUGA